AGAAAUUUCAGACUUAUGGUUGUAGUCCUGCAUUUAUGGCAGAUGGUUCUUCCCAUUGCUGUUGAGGAUGUCAAGCGAGAAGUCAAGAUAUUGAAAGCUUUAGCUGGUCAUGAGAAUGUGGUUCAGUUCCAUAACUCAUUUGAGGAUGAUUCUUUUGUGUACAUAGUAAUGGAGUUAUGCGAGGGUGGUGAAUUGCUGGACCGCAUUUUGUCAAAAAAGGACAGCCGUUACACAGAGAAAGAUGCAGCAAUCAUUGUAAGGCAAAUGCUAAAAGUUGCAGCUCAGUGUCAUUUACAUGGUUUAGUACACCGUGACAUGAAGCCAGAGAAUUUUCUAUUUAAGUCACCAAAAGAGGAUUCGCCACUGAAGGCUACAGAUUUUGGUCUUUCAGACUUCAUUAGACCAGGAAAGAAAUUCCAAGAUAUUGUUGGGAGUGCAUACUAUGUAGCUCCAGAGGUGUUGAAGCGUAAGUCAGGCCCUGAAUCUGAUGUGUGGAGUAUUGGUGUAAUUACUUACAUUUUGCUCUGUGGCCGGCGUCCCUUUUGGGACAAAACUGAGGAUGGCAUAUUUAAAGAGGUUCUAAGAAACAAGCCUGACUUUCGGCGAAAACCAUGGCCAAGCACAAGCAAUGCAGCUAAAGAUUUUGUGAAGAAGUUACUGGUGAAAGAUCCUCGUGCCAGACUUACUGCAGCUCAGGCCUUAUGUAUGUAUUUGUUCUUCUGAAAGUGAUACAUCCUUAUUUUAAUGAAAAAUAUGGCUAUUCAUAUCAA